CAAAGUUCCCUUGAAUAUCUCGUUCUUGUAGGAGUUGAUCCUUCCAAAGUCUCCAAGAUGGUCAGGAAGCUCAAGUAUCAUGAGCAGAAGCUGCUCAAGAAGACAGACUUCAUCACAUACAAACAGGACAACGGUCACCGCGAUCACAAUGUCAUCAGACGGUACAUGAUCCAGAAACCAGAGGACUACAACAAGUACAAUCGACUCUGUGGUUCUGUCCGUCAGCUCGCCCAUCGCCUCUCGCUCAUGCCGCCGGACAACGAGGUCCGGCGAAAGCAUGAGAAGCUGCUACUGGAUAAACUCUACGACAUGGGCAUCCUGUCCUCCACGUCCAAGUUGAGCGCUGUCGAGCAUGGUGCAACCGUGUCCGCGUUUGCACGACGUCGACUUCCCGUGGUCAUGACACGGCUGAGGAUGGCGGAGACUGUCCAAGCUGCGACGAAGAUGAUUGAGCAAGGUCACGUGCGGGUCGGCACCGAGACCGUCACAGACCCGGCCUUUUUGGUCACCCGCCAGCUCGAGGAUUUCGUGACCUGGUCGGUUGGCAGCAAGAUCAAGCGCAACAUCAUGCAGUACAGAGACAAGCUGGAUGAUUUCGAGCUGCUCUGAGGGACAUUUCUGCUACAAAGCAUUGUGCCCUCUGCUUUACGCUGGGCACAUCUUUGCCGACAAAGACGAUCGGCUCUUUCUUCGAGGAUGAUCCGAGCGGCUGCUCCUGAGGUACUGUUUGUCCAGGCAGUCGCAAAGAAUGGGCGUCACUCGAAACGAUGCCCGCCGGGUUCAGAGCUCAGCCAUCUAGAGGUACAAUUUCUCAAGGCCAGUUCAACUUCAGCUUGGUGGACACGCCGCUGCAGCGCAAUCACGCGACAUUGGCUCCAGGCAUAGAAUACCAGAGGCGACGAAGGCCUGACUAUUGCACAACAGGCAGUAUUCCAAGCUUCAGACGAACUCUAUUUUCGAUUGUUGAGGCCGCCGAGGCAUACUUGGUCUUUUUGAGCACCUUAUCGGCAAGGAUCGUCGCACAGGUUGCGGCGCCACCGAACCUUGCAGCCAACUGCAUAUGCAAAACAGCUUUCAAGACGCACUUCCCCCGCUCCGCCGCACAACCACCAAUACACUGGCUAAUAAUAAUUCAAUUUCGAUAUGUCAAUGGGAUCGGGGCAUUCAAAGUUGUGCAUCUUUACUAUCCCUCCUUUCCCACGAAACGCUACACAACGAUAAACUACAAUGGGCCCGCUUUUCCCGAUGCUGGAAUUCGAGAUGGGUAAAGUACGGAACUAAGCACG